AUGGCAUCUAUCUGGGUUGGAAAGCGAGGGACAAUAAGAGAUUAUCCUGGCUUUAAUCCAUCAGUGGAUGCUGAAGUGAUUCGUAAGGCCAUCAGAGGAAUCGGGACCGAUGAGAAAACACUGAUCAGCAUUCUGACUGAGAGGACGAAUGCACAACGACAGCUGAUUGCUAAGGAAUAUCAAGCAAUAUGUGGAAAGGAACUGAAAGAUGACUUGAAGGGUGAUCUCUCUGGCCACUUCAAGGGUCUCAUGGUAGCCCUGGUGACCCCACCGGCUGUGUUCGAUGCAAAACAGCUAAAGAAAUCCAUGAAGGGCACGGGAACAAAUGAAGAUGCUCUGAUCGAAAUUCUAACCACUAGGACGAGCAAGCAGAUGCAGGAGAUCGGCCAUGCCUACUAUACAGUGUACAAGAAGAGUCUUGGAGAUGAGAUUAGUUCUGAAACAUCUGGUGAUUUCCGGAAAGCUCUGUUGAUUUUGGCAAAUGGCAGAAGAGAUGAGAGUCUAAAAGUGGAUGAGCAGCUGGCCAGAAAGGAUGCUCAGAUUCUCUAUAACGCUGGUGAAAAGAGAUGGGGCACGGAUGAAGAUGCCUUCACUGACAUCCUGUGUCUAAGGAGCUUUCCUCAAUUGAAACUGACAUUUGAUGAAUACAGAAACAUUAGCCAGAAGGACAUUGAGGACAGCAUCAAAGGAGAAUUGUCCGGGCAUUUUGAAGACUUACUGCUGGCCAUAGUUCGUUGUGCAAGGAACAUGCCUGCCUUUUUAGCUGAAAGACUGUACCAAGCUUUGAAGGGUGCCGGGACUGACGAGUUUACUGUGAACCGAAUAAUGGUUUCCAGAUCAGAAAUUGACCUUCUGGAUAUUCGAGCAGAGUUUAAGAAGCUUUCUGGCUACUCCCUGUAUUCAGCAAUUAAAUCGGAUACUUCUGGAGACUAUGAGAGCACACUCUUAAAGAUCUGUGGAGGAGAUGAUUGA